AUGAGCGACUCAUCGGAAGACGCUUCCAUUGAAUUGGAUGAAGAUUCAUUGGUGUCAUUGCCAUUACCAUCUAAAUUAACCAAGAAAGCACCUAUUAAGAGAUCAGUAAAAUCUGAUGGAAGAAAGAAAGCUGAAAAACCAUCAGCAGAAACAGCUCUAGAAGAUCCAUUGGAUAUUUUCAUAGAUUUAGAAAAAGAGGAGAAGGAAAAUAAAGGGAAACGAUUAAGCAUUGAAAAAAUAUACCAGAAGAAAUCACAACUUGAACAUAUAUUGCUACGACCGGAUACAUACAUUGGUUCUGUGGAAUAUACCGAUAGAACUCCAAUGUGGGUAUACGAUACGGAAACUGAUCGAAUAGUUCAACGUGAAAUCUCUUAUGUGCCGGGUUUGUACAAAAUAUUCGAUGAAAUAUUGGUGAAUGCUGCUGAUAACAAGCAACGCGAUCCAAAAAUGAAUCUUAUUAAAGUUAAUAUUAACAAAGAGGAAAACGAAAUUAGCAUAUACAACAAUGGCCGAGGUAUUCCAGUUGUACUGCAUAAAAUCGAAAAAUUGUACGUCCCCGAACUUAUAUUUGGUACCUUACUUACGUCAUCAAAUUAUGAUGACAGUGAACGAAAGGUGACAGGUGGCCGAAAUGGUUAUGGCGCAAAACUUUGUAAUAUAUUUAGCAAAGAAUUCACAUUAGAAACUUCUACCAAUGAAUACGAAAAAGCUUUCAAACAGACAUGGGUCAAUAAUAUGUCAAAAGGUGAAGAACCAAAGAUAACGACCAGCAAGAGAGAAGACUUUACACGUGUAACGUUCAAACCAGAUUUGGCGAAAUUUAAAAUGACCAAAUUGGAUGAUGAUAUUGUAGCACUAAUGUGCCGCAGGGCUUAUGAUAUUGCCGGUUCAACGCGUGGUGUAAAAGUCUUUCUUAACAACAAACAGAUUCCUGUGCAAGGCUUCAAGCAAUAUGUAGAGCAAUAUGUAAAACACAAUGUUGACAAUAAUGGUGAAGCGUAUAAAGUGGUUUAUGAAUCAGUUAGCCCACGCUGGGAAGUGGCACUUACAAUUUCGGAUAAAGGCUUUCAGCAAGUGUCAUUUGCCAACAGUAUCGCCACCACAAAGGGAGGUCGACAUGUUGAUUAUGUUGUGGAUCAGAUUGCGAGCAAAUUAAUUGAUGUGAUCAAAAAGAAAAUUGGCAAAAGCGGCGGCAUUAAUGUAAAACCAUUUCAGAUCAAGAAUCAUAUGUGGAUAUUUGUUAAUGCACUUAUCGAAAAUCCAACAUUUGAUUCUCAAACAAAGGAAACAAUGACGUUGCAGUCAAAAAGUUUUGGUUCAACAUGUGAGCUUUCGGAAAAAUUUAUUCAAGCAGCAUUAAAAUGCGGGAUUGUGGAAGCAAUUAUGGCAUGGGUACGAUUCAAACAGCAGGAAACAUUAGAUAAAAAGUGUUCGUCUAAAAAGACCAGCAAGUUAAAGGGUGUACCAAAACUGGAAGAUGCUAAUGAUGCUGGUACGAAGAAUUCAGCACAAUGUACGCUUAUUCUUACAGAGGGUGAUUCAGCCAAAUCGUUGGCUGUUUCUGGUCUUGGAGUUGUUGGACGUGAUAAGUACGGUGUGUUUCCUCUUCGUGGUAAAAUGCUUAACGUUCGAGAAGGCAAUCAUAAACAGGUAAUAGAUUAA